UCUCUCCAAGCUUCACCCCCAAAAAAUGUGAAUGAGAUUUGAAGAAGAAAGAGGAAAUCCCAUCUAACCUUGUCGACGUUAAUGGCGACUGGUUGGGUCAAAUCGUUACAAUGUAAGUCAAGAGCAUUCGAAGAUGUUUACCAUCCAAACCCUAAGCACCUCAACCACUUGCUUGCCUCUUCGAGUUGCAGAAAGAGUGUUCAGAACAUUAAGGAUGUGGUCGACACUGCCAAGAAGAAGCACAGGAAAUCAAACCCACCAUCGCCAACUCCAUCUAGUCGCAGUUCGAGACAACCCAGUAAAGCAGAAGCUGGUUUGAAUCCAACGAACCGGGUCCGACGAAGCGUCUCCUCUCGUACUUCGCGAACGCCGCCGGAGUCAUUCUUUCCGACGUUGACUGAGUUGCCUGAGGGACACCCAUCUCGCAAUGUUGUGGAGAUAAUCUUCCACACGAGCUGGUCACCUAAAGUGUUCUCGGGUCGGAUUGAGAUGAUGUUCAAAGUUCAACAUUUGGCCAAGACGGUGGCCCGGUUCGAAGAGUAUCGAGAGCUGGUAAAGUCUCGUUGUGGUGGUGGUGGUGGAGGUGGAAAUGGAGGAAGCAGCAGCGCUAGCAGUAAGGAGGAUGAUGUAAGGUGUGUAGCGGAUGGAAAUGAAGUGAUGAGGUUCCAUUGUCUGGGCCCCGCCACGGGAUGGAUUCACGAUGAUGGUGGGAUGUGUACGUUUUCCGGCAAAGAAGCAACGAUACGGACAUUUUCCGGCAGUGGAGUGGCUCACGAGAACGCCGGUGGGGGAAAAGGCCGGAGGGCUAUGUUGGUGUGCCGCGUCAUUGCAGGUAGAGUGUGUAAGCAGAUUGGGAUGGACUCGUUUUUGGAAGGUCAUGGCCGAGGCCGAGUUGGAGUUGGGUUUGACUCGGUGAAUGGGGACAAUGGGGAGCUCCUUGUAUAUGAUUCCCGAGCGGUAUUGCCUUGCUUCCUUAUCAUCUAUAAACUAUAAAAAAUGUUCAAAAAAAAAAAAAGAUGUUCUUGUAUUUAUCAACUCAUUUGCUUUUUUGUUAUAUUAUCUUAUCCUUUUUAAGAAGAAAUUUGAGUUGACAAAUACUUCAACAUUUAUUUACUCCACUUUGGUUUUCCAAUUUUUUUUAUUUUCUUCUUCUUCUUCUUCUUCUAUCAGAAGAAGAUUUGAACUGGUGACUUUGUAAGCAUCUGUACUGAUCAUAAGUUAAUGAAUGAUGAAUUUUGAUUGAUUUUGCCC